ACCUGUUUAAAGGUUGUGCAUUUUUUGAUAAAUAUAAAUGAUUGUUAUUGCUGUUCAAGCUGUGCGGCUAAGAGUGAGAGGUUUAAUAUAGGACAAUGGAUAAUAUUUCAGAUCUAAUUCUGUUUGUUUGGAAGUACAUUAUUUAUGAAUUAAACUUAACGACUAUCCUGCUUGCACUGACGUCGGUUUUAGUUAUUCUUAAUAUCCGCCGACGACCGGGAUUGCCGCCGGGACCUCGUUUGUUUCCGAUCGUUGGGAAUUUGUUGAGUCUUUCUCCGACGAAAAUGAUCCAGACUUUAAGGGGAUUUCGUGAAAGGUAUGGUGAUAUUUAUAGUCUGUACAUAGGGAAUGAAAUUGUAAUAUUUUUGAACGGCUAUGAGGCCAUCUACAAUGCGGCGGUUAAGAGAGGCGGGCAGUUCCUGCAUAGACCUCCGUCCGUCUUGCAGAAGAUCGGGAUGAAUAGAACGGGUAUCAUAUAUAGCAACGGGAAUCUAUGGAAAGAACAGAAAUCCUUUGUGCAGAAGAACUUACACGCCCUAUUUAUCAAAAACGGGGCACAAAAUAUGGAAUUUAUCAUAGGCAAUGAAGUUGAUGUUCUACUCAACGAGAUAGAACUCGCUGGCGACGGUGACCUCGAUCCUGCCGAAUGUGUCCACACUUGUGCGUUGAAUGUAAUGUUUCAGAUCACGCAUGGACGCAGGUUUUCAACCGAUGUCAAGGACUUAAAGGAAUUUGCUCUUGAUAUUCAAGCGAUCGCAAAACACGUCGCCAAAAUGCAGUUACUUGCAAACUGUUUUCCAUUUCUGGUAAAACUUCCGUGGGAUCUGCUAGAGUCCAAAAGAAGACUAGAACUUGUGAAGAAGACACACGAUUACACAAGACAGUUUGUAGGCCCAUACCAGGCCGAUCGCGAACAUACCAAUCUCGCAGACGCAUUUAAUGAGCACAUUCAUAAACAAACGUCCGUAAAAGGCGAGAAUACUUUCACGGAAGAUCAAAGAGAAGACACAUUAACCGACUUCAUCGCCGCCGGAGGUGACACAACCGCAACUGCCAUAAUGUGGACUAUUGUCCAUCUAGUACGAAAUCCUUCUGUCCAGGAAAACAUGUACAAAGAGAUUGUCAAUGUUCUUGGAUACGGCCACAAACCUUCGUACAGCGAACGUAAGAGCUUGCCGUACACGGAGGCUGUGAUAUUGGAAGGACUAAGAAUUGGUGAAACGACCGCGCUUGCGCUUCCGCAUAGCGUUAUAACGGAAACAGCGUUCAAUGGCUACGUUUUCCCAAAAGACUCAACUGUGAUAUUCAACUUAGAAUCAGUAUUGAAAGAUCCAGAUAUCUGGAACGAGCCAGAACGUUUUGACCCGGAAAGGUUUUUAAAUCAUGACAGAUCAGAAGUAUUAGUGCCAAAGGAGUUUAUUCCAUUUCUAACAGGGCCUCGGUCGUGUCUCGGUGACAUAGUGGCGAAAAUGGAAGUGUUUGAUGUGAUCUCAGCCCUAGUGAUGACAUUUAAACUGGUUCCAAAAUCUGACGGUCGUCUUCCGGAGACGAGAGGCGAAAUGGGUAUUACCUUUAGACCUCAGCCUUUUGAAAUGCGAUUUCAAAAGCGCGAUAUUGCAUUAUAGCUGUCAGAAACUGAUGUGUGUGACGGCCAUUGAUCGAACAUGAAUAACAUCAGUUUGUGGGUUUAGCCCAACGACAUUUUGUAUAGGUGGUGUAUAAAUAAGUGUGCAUAAAUUAGAGGUAGAUCAAUUAGAAUGCAUUCAUUUAGAACAUAAAAUAAUGGUAAUAAUAACACACACAGAAAAACAGCAAAAUAUAAGUUUUUGUAUGCGUUACCGGAAUAGAAGGAAAACAAAGAAUUUAAACAUGUAUAACGACAAUUUUCUUAAAAGGUUACACAACAACUGCUUGUAUGGACCGACACACGCGAGGGACGAACGGACGGACAAGUAAAUCGCGCAAUAUUUCAACAAGGGAGAUCAUAAUAUUUGUAUAUUGACCUGAGAUAGGUUAGAACGAAAAAACAGUCGAACUCGUAUGGAUGCAGGGAAAACUCAAACACAGUGUACUCGUAUAUAUAAUAAAAUUAAACGAACAGCUUACGCUAGAUCAGUUUGAUCUCACAACUGCAUUUUUUAGCUUAAUUACGUCUGUUAUGGACAUUGGGAGGAAAUUACAUGUGUCUUUUGUGAUAAUAAAUAUGUUUUUAGAUGCAAAUUUAUGUUUGUUUUUAAUGAGUUUUGAUAUAAUAAUGUUACAAAUGCCAAUCUACUAACAAGGGUACUCGAUUGAAUCAUCCAAUUAUAAUAAAUGACAAUGCAUUGUUGUGAAUGUGUAAGAUAUGAUGUAAAGGUAUAAAAGUAUGUGGAUCCGAGGACGUAUACACAAAGCAACUUAGUGAGAGAGCUUAACCUUUUUGAAAAAUAUUAUUGUAUUUCAUGUCUCCUUUUUUUAAUAUCAUAUUUAUAUAUAUUACAUUUACCACUUUUUGGAUGAUUUUCAUAUUUUGAGUGUAAAAACAGAGUUUGAUUUAUUAAAAUUCAUGUAAGAAUCAAGGCACUUUUAUACGAAGUUAUUUUUUGCUGAAUGAUUAAGCCAAAAAACUAAUUUAAUUUCCGU